AUGGAGGCCCGGAACAGCUCAAGACGAGCAACAACGCAGCUCUGUCGAGUUCGGUGUGUGGCGCUGGCUAGAACCGCAGUCCUUGUUGUGCUGGGGGUCUUGUUUCUCAGCCAGUCGAUUCUCUUCUCUGUGCCACAGCGCAGUCCGUGGUUGCCGAAUGUGGCCAUCGUAUGCGUUGAAGCUGGACAAGUUCCUGCAGCUCCGAAUCGGGAUGCGGAAGGGAACCAAGAAGUCAGCUUGGUAGCCGACAACUCGUCUGCCAUCAAAGACGGGGAACGGUCGGAAAAUAAGGAGAGUCAACAGCAGGUGAAGGCAGCACCUGGCGGCGACAGCAAACAAAAUGCCAGCGGGAAGGAAAAGCCGGCACCGAAAGCCGUUGGACGCAAGGUGCGCGCAGAGCAGCAGGCAAAGCUUCUCGCGACGAUGAAGGAACUGCUUCAGGACAACCGAGAUUAUCGCAAGAUGCAAGCUGACAGAGAGAGAGAAAAACUCCUGAAGCAGUACACAUCGGAGGACGACGACUUGGAUCCAGAAGAAUCUCCCAUCUUUGUCAAAGAGUUAGAGAGGUUCAAGAAACUGCAGACGAAAAAAAGCGUCGCCGGGGCUGCUUCCAUUGUCAGCAUGGCGUUGGCGUCUGCCGGAAUGCUAGUGUAUUGGAUGGCAAACAAAAAGGGCGAAUUUCUUGAACGAGAGGAUCGCAAAUCUCACCAGCGGUCUAACGCGGGCCUUAUCGCUAGUAGUGUUGCAGGAGCAAUCGGUCUUGGCCUUUCGCAGUGGCAGCGGCGCCGUUACAAAAAGCAAAUCAACAAGCUCCAACAGAGGCUUGUGCGCAUGGAGAAGGAAGCGUACGCUGGGCACGCUCCUGAGGAUGAACCAUUUCUCGGUGUGGACGAAGAGGCGCCGGAGGACAAGCGUAAAAGGGAGAAGGCGGAGCGUCUCCGGGAACAACAGCAGCAACGCCACUAG